AUGGUGUCCCGUAAAUAUCGGAAAAAUAAAACCACAGAUCUUUACCACGAGUUGGAUAAAGUUAUCUUCGUUUCUAGCAGCAUGAAUUUCUGGGUAGAUGAUAACGGUUUACCUGAGCUAGUCGUGAACGCGUUCAAGAGAAUGUCAAAAGUUAUAAAUUUAGCGGUUGUUCUGUGGCUGGUGGCUGAGAUUGGGUCAUUCUUCACUCAGAACGAUCUGACGGAGAAACAGAACUCUGACCGCGUUCUGAUGACAUUUACGCACAUUAUUAUGUACUCUUUCACACUCUCUCUGAGUCACCAUAAGGAAACUGUGACGGAGAUAUUGUUCACGUUGGCUGUUGGUUUAAAGAAGGAUUUCAAUGAUGAGGAGACGGAGAGACAUAUGCUGAAACGAAUGAAAAUCUACGCGUGUGCAAAUGUACUUGUUUUCAUAAACGCGCUCGUAAUUUACGGUGCAGAAGGAUUAGCUCAGACAUUGCUUUCAGAUGGGAACUUCGUCACAAUAGUAACCGUCUGGCCCGACGUCCACGACACAUCCCUCCUCGCGGGAGUCGGUCGCGUCGGGAUCUACGUCCUCUGGUGGCUAUGGAUGCUCCGAGUAACCACCGUUUAUCUCCUAGUCCUCAUUCUCACCAUCUCCCUCAGCCAUCAGUACAUGAACCUGCAGAUGUAUUUUAAGAGUAUUGCGGGGGUAUUUGAAGAGAGGAUCAGUCAGAGUGAGAAGGAGGAGAAAUUUGAGAGGGCUCUUAAGCUUGGUGCAAGAUUACAUGGUACUACCAUUUGGUGCGCACAACAAGUGCAGAGAACUUGCGGAAACAUAUUCAGCGGACACAUCAUCGUCAACAUCGGCGUGGUUGUGCUACUCAUGUCGCAGUUUAAGAAUUCUGACCGCACUAUGGGUCACGUGUUGCCUAUAGCAGCUAAUUUCGUGUGCAUCCUGUUCAGCACUGGACUCAUUAUGUGGAACGCAGGAGACAUCACUGUUCAGGCGGGGAAAUUACCGACGGCCAUCUUUCAGUCAGGAUGGCAGAACUGCACGAACAUGUCUUCUUACCGAAUUCGAAGACUGUUGUUGAUUGCUAUGGCCCAAAGUCAGAAACCUGUCAUCAUCAAGAGUUUGGGAUUCAUAGAACUCUCUUAUGAAUCGUAUUUAUCGAUCGUGAAGACAUCUUACUCCAUAUUCUCAGUUUUGUAUUAA